GAUAUUUUCCUGCAGGCCAAUGUACCUCUCAUAGUUGGCACAUUGCCCGACUGGUUCCGGCUGAACACCCCUCCGGCGCUCGAUGCCAUCUUCGCAGCGGCCGACGUAGCCAUACUGGCAGGCUUAGUGGGUAGGCGACUCCCACUUGGAAGAUAUCCAGACAAUGCGACGGUGGUGGGUAUAUGUGAGGUCGAGUAGGAAAGCCUCGGGGCAGGGGUUAUGCCGGCGAGCGAGCUGCGGGAGGUGGGUACUCGUGAAAAGGGACGACAACAGCGGAAGUCUGGAGGUCAAUCAUGAAGCAAUGGCGAGACAGAAGGACCGUGGGGGAAACGACAUGAAGCAAAGAGAAGUCAGCAUGGUGCUAGGCGGUCUCUGUGCAGCUGUAUGCUCCACGCGCGAGAUGCGGCGGGAUCGUCCACGGGUGCUUGGACCACUUUAGUGUGGGCGCGCCUAAACUCCGUCUGGGAGCUGCU